CUGCUCCGUUCACUAAUCGAUCAUUCCGGGUGUCGGGAGUUGAUGCAAGUAGGUGCAAGUUGGUGUGCCUAUUUGAGAGGACGCAUACUGUACAAGGACACUUGGGAGUAAAAGAAGAGUUUCUAAGAUAUGCAGGUGUGUGAAAAUAACUGUUGCUCCUGCAUAAGCGACCCGUGAUACAGGUGUAUUAGUACAAGAUGCUAGCUGGCAUUGUGUCGUAAAAAAAAAAUGUCGAGAAGCAACGUCGAGUCGUCGGAACGGGACACCGUUUGAAACGUUCAACGAUAUUCUUGCUUCGUUGCUGCACCGCGUCAAGUGGUCACGAUUAUGAUGAGAUAACGAACACAGAAUGAAAUACAGCGACAGUAACCUUCUCGGUUAUGCAGUUUUCGCGUUUAUUCUAUUUUUUAACGUUAUUCGGGCAGAAAGCGGUGUUAGUUGCAAAGAUCAACAAGGACGAUCUUAUGAGUCUGGUUUCCUUUUUGUUCCGGGCCCAGAACCUUGUACAUUGUGUGUUUGCGAAAAUGGCAAUCCAAAAUUGUGCAAAGCAUUACUUUGCAACUCACGUGCAGAGGAGGAUUGUAAGUCUUCUAGACGCGGAGAUAUCUGUUGCGAAUACAUUUGCUUGUCGUCAAUUUCAAAUGAUAAAAACGAUGGAAUGGGCAGCAAUACCACAGACGCGACUGCAAAUUAUGAUAUAGGACUUAGAUCGGUUGCUAGUUUUGUGACAGCCGUGUUAUCUCUGAGUCUGUUGUUUUUCUUGAUACACCGUUUACGUCAAAGAAAGAUACGAGUUUGCAUCGCAGGAAGACAAAGCAGACAGUUGGCAGAGGACCAAAGAAAUUUAGGUAGUAUGGGAUAUAUAGAACGAGAUGGUUUGUCGCACGGUGUUCCCAUGGACGACAUUCCGUGCGGAGCUAAUUAUCCGUUAUGGAAACCGCCUAGCAAUUACUUUCCACGAGGAGAGGCACCGCCACCUUACGAAGAAGCGGUAGCAGCAGCACGCGCGGAACAAGCGCUUUUAGCGAUGAAUCCGCAAACGUUGCCGCAAAUAAAUUUUCCAAAUACUUAUUUGACAAAUGCUAAUAGUCGUACGAGUAUAUCGUUAGUAGGAAACGCGCAAACUGGAUUGAACCCUAACACGGCAACAGUAAUGUGCGACACUGGUGUAACGGAUCAAGGUGGCUUGAUUUCGGCGCCGAAUAGACCAAUAUCAAAUCCAAACAUAUAUGCUUGUUAUCGUCAACCGAAUCAAAACGAGACGCUGUCUCCUAGUGUUAACGUAGGAACUUCAACUACUAGUUUCACUCUGGGGACAGGUACCUACGAAAAUUUACCUAUCACGCCUAUUGGGAUUUUGAACUUUACUACCCAUCGUCUAGACGUGACCGCACAGCCUAUGUCUAACUUACAACCCACCAUUCCAAAAAGUUAUCAAUCACAUACGACUCUUCCACGUCAAACCGGAGCGUUUACAAUAUCUGCAACGUUGUCAAAUUCCAAUGUGAACGCUCAUCGUACAAUUCCUAGGACUAUAACGACUCGGUCUGGUACAAAGCUGCAAGAGAUUAUAAACGAUUGUACCCAGAAAGAAUUUUUACGAUCUACGACGACCACGACCACGACCACAACCACGAUGACGAUGACGAUGGCGGUGACCACGACCACGGCGACGGCGACAACGAUCACCAACAUUGUACCGUCAAACUUAUCACAUUCUGUGCAACAAAUUGCCAUAACUAAACUAGAAAAUACAAGGGAAAACGCGAGUCAAGGUACAUUUUAUGAAGGUGUACAAAUACAACGUUCCCCUGUUUCUGUUACUUCUUCUGUAGGAUUACAACAAAUUGAAAGGCAACAGCUGGAUCGUAAAAUAGAGAAAUCUCAAGAUUUUAAGCCCCCGUUAAAUGUAGCCAAUGAAAUUAACGAAGAAGGAAGUUUCGAAUCGGUAACGUGCGCUUGCAGCAUGCAAGCUCUUCCUACGCUUCACGACGAUACCGAUGAUUAUAGGAGCGAGUGUGAAAAUUGUAAAAGCGCGACAGGGUCUCGUUAUUACUUAGAUAACGAAGAUGAAUUAGUUACAUCUCCACACGAAACCAUGACGUUACAUAGAAGACCCGAUGAAACGACUUCGAGUACUACUCCUCAGUAUUACAGAACUUCGCUUACACUGCCUAUAAGUACCCGUCAACGAACAAGGAGUACCGGAGUUCGAGAGAAUUGGUUCAACACUAUGCCUCAAAGUUCUACAGAAUCCUCGGACGAAAAUUGAUCGCGAACUUACGGUGUAUAAUUCCCACACUUUGUAUAGCUAUUGAAAUCAUCAUUACCUAUGACGCAUUACCGUGAUCGAAAUUGAAUAUUAUAGUAGAUGAACGAUGUUCAUGUUUUAUUGCGUUACAGGCAACAAUAUGAUGUUGUUAAUAGAAUUUCAGUAUUGCAGCGAAAUGUGUUCUAUCUCGUACACUGUCGAAGUCUGAAUUAUUCGUGUAUUCAGAUAGUGUGCGAUCACCGAGAAAAAUUCAGUAUUGCAGCGAAAUGUGUUCCAUCUCGUACACUGUCGAAGUCUGAAUUAUUCGUGUAUUCGGACAGUGUGCGAUCUCCGUGAAAAAAAAAAAAAAAAAAAAAAUGAGUCACACACCUUUGCUGUCACAGUUCUUCUUUACACAUUAAACUGUGGGAGCAACUUUUAGGUAUACCUAUUAUACAUAUACAUAGCAUCACGACGUACGAUUUCGAUAAGUUUGAAUCAAUAAAUAAUAAGGAAACAAACUAACUGUAUAGCAUCCGUAGAAUUUUUUUAACUGUGUUCGAUGCAUAUCAUUCGUUAAAAAGUAAUCAAAAAAAGAGUAAAAAAUGCAAUUUUGACAGCUUUAUCUCCAUUGGAGUCGCGUAACAAUUUAGUUUGAUCGUCGUGAGCAAUGACGAGUACGAUUUUUUGAAAUCAGGUAACACAAUAAAACGCAAAGAACACUCUUGGUUCACACUAUACGUACUGUGACAAACAACUGAGAUUAUAUUGAAUAGUUAUACGGUUCAGUGUAUCAUCGUUGACGACAAAGCAUCGAGGACGAGUUUCGAACUAGCGUUUCAUUUGUAUAUUAGACAUUAAGUAAUUUUCAUCGACUGAUGUGUAUAUAGUAUCGUUAUAAUAUACAUUUUAAAUGUGAUUCAAUGAUACUUAAAACAGAAUUUCUUCCUGUUCUAAUUUCUCCUUGCAAGAAAUUUAUAAAUGUAUUUAUUACCAUGAAAUGCUUACGUUCAAAGAUACAUAUCAAUAUGCAGUACGACUGCUCGGUUAUACUUAAAAAUUUCACAUAAAAUAUGUUCAGUUUAACUUUUCAUUCCAUUCCAUUCCAUAUGUUAUGCAUUCCGAUGAAAUUAAUGAUUUCCACUGGUUCGAAUAGUGUGAAUCAAUCUUAACGGGAAUAUUAUUAUUAUUUUGUUCACCGAUCAUGCAACAAUGUUGAUUUUCCAUAUGUUCUUGAUGCAUCUUGAAACAUAAAUUAACACUCAGGAAAAUUGUAUCUUUAUGUGAACUUCAUGUGUAAAACAUUUUUUCGUGAUCCAUUCUUCCUCCAAAUAAUUUAUUGAUAAGAAGAAAAAAAAAGAUUGGUCAUAUAAUAAUCGCGCAAAAAUUUCUACCGACUGAUUUUAAAAACAGAAUGAAAAUUUUUAAGUCUAUACAAUUGUAUUCUCUGCGACGGUGACGAGAACAAUUCCGUACAUUGGUGACUGCUUGUGAUAAUAUAAACUUUAUACAUGCUCUAAACAUACUGUGAAUGGAAUGCUCAUUAUCUGCGAUCGGUGAUUAAGAAUCUCUAAGAUGUGUAAAAGGAGAAACGAAGUUACGAUGCAUCCCUGACAACGUCAUUAACGUAAUUUCAUUUUGUUUAUAUAAAUUUAAGAAUCUUUAUGAUUUUAUUCAAUUGUAUGUAUAAAGAUGGUUUCGUUUCGGCAGAGUACUAUUGCGAUUACCUUCCAACUGUUGCAUAGUUCGUAAAACUGUUUCUCUUGAAUAUCAUGAUAAACAUUUUACAAAGUUAAUAUAAACUGUAGAUCGAACGAAUCACAAAACAGAUUCUACGUUACUUUGUACAUUAUUUUGAUAAAUUUUUAUUAUUUCUUCGUGAUAAUCGUUGAUAUUUGUAAAUUUAUAAAUAUUUAUUGUUAACGAGAGCGUAAAUCAUUUGUACAAUUAUACUUUCAGAAACUCUGUUAAUAAUUUAAUUUACGUAAUUAUGGAUUUCGUGAUUUGAAUAAGUUAUGCUUGGUAGGUUUAAAGAAAGAUAAUGAAAUCAAAACUUAUUUUUCAUACUUAAUCGGCAUUCGCGAUGCCUGUAAAUGUAUACAUUCGUCAGAUAGUUUAAUGACGAGGGAAGAAUAGAGCCGUGUAAAAUAUACGAAUAAGAUCCUUUAAUUUAGUAAAUCAUUAGGGAUCAUCGAUUUUCAUUUUUUGAACGAUGAAUUUUAAUCAAUUUCAGAGUAUGGACGGGCUUAUAACUUGUGCGCUGAUUAUCGGCAUUUUGUAUUUUUUAUUAAAAUACAAAAUGAAAGUGAACGGAAAGAGAAAACAAUGAUGAUGAUACGAAAAGAAAAAAAGAUAAAUUUGCUAGAAGUUUUCUAGACGUAAUCUUUUAUCUCUAGUAACAAGAAUUUUAAUACUUCUUUUCUUCUUUUUUAUAUCAGUUUGUGCUUCGAUUAAAAUAGACGAAAUAGUAGAAAGUAAUGCUGGAAAAAUUCAGUUUCUUUGUGAUUAUUGAAAUUUCAAUUGUUAGUAAAAUCCAUGAUAAUAAAUUAAUAACAACUUUCUGAAAGUACGAAAUAUCGAACGAUAAGAUAACAUAUUCGAAAUUGAAAGUCAUUGGUAAAACACGAAAAGAAACAAUGAUACACAUCGAACUAUUACAUAUGUAUAUGUAUUAACAGUACAUACCAUCUAAUUGUAAGUUACGAAUGAUUUUCGGUAAUUUUCAAAUACCUAAUACCAAGCUGAAGUUAAAAAAGAAUUGUAAUACGUAAAACGAUUAUGUGAAACGUAACGUUUUAAAGUGAUUAUUUCCGACAGUUUUAAAAUUGCUGAAUUUUCAUUAUAAAAGUCAUGUAAAGCGAUUGACCUUCCACCAAAUUUGCAUUGAAUUAAAGACACCGAUAAAGAGAUAUGCGAACAUAUAAAAUUAUAGCAACGAGAUACGCGACUAUAAAAAUAUUGUUACACUGAUAAAGUUAUGUUUUAAAAUGAAGAAAACGCAUGAUAAGUGAUCCAAAAGCGGUAUGUAGAUAUAUUUAUACUUCCAAUUGUAAACGGAUUCUAACAGUCAGAAUCUCUUCCUACGAUAAUCGACGCAUUUCGUGUGUUCAUUAAACUCGACUGUAUUCCAUUCUUGAAAGAAAUGUGUUCAUUAUAAUAUAAUAAACUUCUUUCUAAUAUGCAUUAAAUCGUUCGAUGAGCGAGGGUACAACAAGCUGGACUUAACACAAACUCGAACAAACGUUCAAGACUCUUGUAGUUAAAACGGUACAAACACCUGAAUUACUUAAUUGUUCGUCUAGUGAUCUAAAAUAUUGUAAUAUAUCUGUCUGAGUAGGUUUAGAAAA